GCCGUCGGGCGGGGCGGCGGCGGACUAGCCGGCCUGAGAUCAGAGCCCGAUCCCGGCCGCGGCAACCAUGUCGGCGCCGUCAGAAGAAGAGGAGUAUGCGCGGCUGGUGAUGGAGGCGCAACCCGAGUGGCUGCGCGCGGAGGUGAAGCGACUGUCCCAUGAGCUUGCCGAGACCACGCGCGAGAAGAUCCAGGCGGCUGAGUACGGGCUGGCGGUGCUCGAGGAGAAGCACCAGCUCAAGCUGCAGUUCGAGGAGCUCGAGGUGGACUAUGAGGCCAUCCGCGGCGAGAUGGAGCAGCUCAAGGAGGCAUUCGGACAGGCACACACAAACCACAAGAAGGUGGCUGCGGAUGGCGAGAGCCGGGAGGAAAGUCUGAUCCAGGAGUCAGCCUCCAAGGAACAGUACUAUGUGCGGAAGGUUCUAGAGCUGCAAACAGAACUGAAGCAGCUGCGCAACGUACUCACCAACACACAAUCUGAGAAUGAGCGCCUGACCUCUGUGGCCCAGGAGCUAAAGGAGAUCAACCAGAAUGUGGAGAUCCAGCGAGGCCGCCUGCGGGAUGACAUCAAGGAGUACAAGUUCCGGGAGGCCCGCCUGCUGCAGGACUACUCGGAGCUGGAGGAGGAAAACAUCAGCCUGCAGAAACAGGUGUCAGUGCUCAGGCAGAACCAGGUGGAGUUUGAAGGCCUCAAGCAUGAGAUCAAGCGUCUGGAGGAGGAAACUGAGUACCUUAACAGCCAGCUGGAGGACGCCAUCCGGCUCAAGGAGAUCUCGGAACGGCAGCUGGAGGAGGCAUUGGAGACACUGAAAACAGAGCGGGAGCAGAAGAACAGCUUGCGUAAGGAGCUGUCACACUACAUGAGCAUCAAUGACUCCCUGUACACCAGCCAUCUGCAUGUCUCCCUGGAUGGACUCAAGCUCAGCGAGGACACUGAGGGCCUGGCCAACGGCUUUGAGCAUGGUGGGCUGGCCAAGCUGCCAUCAGACAACAAGACCUCCACACCCCCCAAGGAUGGCCUGGCGCCCCCAUCCCCCAGCCUUGUAUCUGAUCUCCUCAGUGAGCUCAACAUCUCUGAGAUCCAGAAGCUGAAGCAGCAACUGAUGCAGAUGGAGCGGGAGAAAGUGGGCCUCCUGGCCACACUGCAGGACACACAGAAGCAGCUGGAACAGGCACGGGGUUCCCUGUCAGAGCAAUGUGAGCAAGUGAGCCGCCUCACAGAAAACCUGAGUGCUCUGAGGCGCCUGCAGGCUGGCAAAGAGCGUCGGACAGCCCUGGACAGUGAGAAGGAACGUGAUAGCCAUGAGGAUGGUGACUACUAUGAGGUGGACAUCGACGGACCUGAGAUCCUGGCUUGCAAGUACCGUGUGGCCCUGGCAGAGGCCAGUGAGCUCCGGGAGCAGCUGAAGGCCCUGCAAAAUGCACAUGAAGCUGGUGAGGCCCAGCACGCUGAAGAGAAGGGUCGGCAUGAGGCUGAGAGCCAAGCACUCACGGAAAAGGUCUCCCUGCUGGAGAAAGCCAGCCGUCAGGACCGCGAGCUGCUGGCACGGCUGCAGGCAGAGCUGAAGAAGGUGAGCGAUGUCGCAGGUGAGACACAGGGCAGCCUGAGUGUGGCCCAAGAUGAAUUAGUGACCUUCAGUGAAGAGCUGGCCAACCUGUACCACCACGUGUGCAUGUGUAACAACGAGACGCCCACCCGUGUUGUGCUGGACUAUUACCGUGAGGGUCCUGAAGCUCGUGGGCGCCGCUCGCCCAUCCUGCCUAAGGGGCCACCAGCUACAGAGGGUGGGCCUGGGGAUAACAGCCCCUCACCAGGCUCUUCACUGCCCUCACCUCUGAGUGAUCCACGCCGGGAGCCCAUGAACAUCUACAACCUGAUUGCCAUCAUUCGAGACCAGAUCAGGCACCUGCAGGCGGCUGUGGACCGCACCACAGAGCUGUCACGGCAGCGUCUGGCCUCACAGGAGCUGGGCCCCUCUGCUGACAAGGACCGGGAGGCUCUCAUGGAGGAAAUCCUCAAACUCAAGUCUCUGCUCAGCACCAAGCGGGAGCAGAUCACCACACUGCGCACGGUGCUCAAGGCCAACAAGCAGACAGCCGAAGUGGCCCUUGCCAACCUGAAGAGCAAGUACGAGAACGAGAAGGCCAUGGUGACUGAGACCAUGAUGAAGCUGCGCAACGAGCUCAAGGCACUCAAGGAGGAUGCAGCCACCUUCUCUUCACUGCGCGCCAUGUUUGCCACCAGGUGUGAUGAGUACAUCACACAACUGGAUGAGAUGCAGCGACAGCUGGCAGCUGCUGAGGACGAGAAGAAGACACUUAACUCACUGCUGCGCAUGGCCAUCCAGCAGAAGCUGGCACUGACCCAGCGUCUAGAGCUGCUUGAGCUGGACCAUGAACAGGCCCGACGGGGCCGCACCAAGGCCACCCCCAAGGCCAAGCCCAGCACUCCUAGCCUAUAGAGUAGCUGCCAGGAGGACUCGGCCACCGGCCCUGUCACACUGCAGCCCCCCUCCCCUCCCGUGGGCCCACGCAGAGGAAGGAAGGGCGGUCCAAAAGUCCACUUAGAAACAUUAUUGGAUAUACCACUGCAAUUCUUUUCAAAAUAGCAUUCCCGAGUUUUUAAUGGGAGAGGAAAAAAAGCUUUAAUGUUGAGAAGCCAUGAGCUGCUCUCGGAAAGGUGUUUGUACAAAAGCUGAGGAACCUGCUUCACAGCGACCACAGGCUCACUUAGGAACCCACUAGAAACUCGCAUUACAGAGUCUCCCUGUCACAGAUACUCCUUUUAUCCGAUCAACCUGUGCACUUUUGAUACUUUGAUAUUAUAUUUGCUUCCUUAACCCCUUGCAUAGGGACAGUCUCAGAUGCCAUGGUCUGUCUCGCGGUCCUAUAGCCCUCUGUCUUAGCUCCCAAUGUGUUAGUCUGACAUGGGCACGUGGCACGGUGUGUCCUCUGUGCGUGUAGCUCUAGGCUGCUUAGAUAAAGGCUUCGCCAAGCCAGCGAGGCGCUCACUAGCGUGUCCACGCUGUGGUUCAGCAGCCUGUUAGAUUAUACGGCAUUAUGGUUCAUGUUUGAAAUUACAGGUUUUUAAUGCCAUGUUCAUUAAGAAAUCCAGGGUAUUCCAAUUCUGGGGUUUUUCAUAUUGUAUUAUUAUUAUUCUUAGGAAUAGUUCAAUGUAACAAGAAGAAAACUUGACCUUUGCUCUGGUUACACAGUAAUAGGCACUUGAAAACAAAAGAUAAAUUAUUGAAUGAGUAGUAUUACCUACAAAUUCCAGAAUUUUCUGGGUUUUAGGACAUUGUGAAGCAUGACUGAUUAACAGAAUUUUAUACAACUGUACCAGUGAAAUUCCAAAUUGGAAUUGUUUUGUUACUCUGGUUGUUGUGCCAAAUUGUGGUACACUUAGAAAAAUUCUACAGUCGAUUUUUAGGGUGUUAAUUUCAACACCUUUUUGCUAGUAACCAUUGCCAGUAGUGCCUUCAUCAGUUAAGGGAGGUGUCCCAGCGUAGUUUAUUCUGACGUGGACCGUGAAGAACUAGUUGGGAAUGCUGAAGGCCAGUGUGGACCAAUAGGUGUGAAUGGGCACACACCUUCGUACCUGAACCUGGGCAUCUUCAUUGAGGGAAAGAAAACAACAAUUGUGCAAAAUUCUGUUAGUCAGUGAUUCUUUACUGUGCAGAUCCUUGCAAAUUCAGGGGCUGAGAAAACGAAAGUGAACACAAAUAUUGAGUGUACUUUGGGAACCAAAUGGACUUUAUGUUAAGCAAGCUGUGUGAACAACACACCACGUUUGUGAAGAGCCAGGGUGGCAGGGGGGCCAGCAAUGUUGGCCUCGUCAGCAUGGUGAGGGCUAGCCAUAGUAUUCUUUGCAAAUGUGAGAAAGAGAUGUUAUAUAUUCUCUUGCUUGGUGUAACUAAUCACUGUUAAUUUCAGGAAACAGAACUCGCUGAAGCUUCUUAGCAAAUCAGGUCUGCAUCCUGUACUGAUUUGCUGAAUGAAGUUGGGUGAAUGGUCAAAUUGGUACUCAUAGAGGAAGAAGAAAAAGUGUCCUCUCUCUUCCAAAAUAAAGGGUAAAUUAUAAUAAUAAUAUAAGCAGCAAGAAUAAAAAAGAAUUCUGUUUCCUGGAAUAAGCAUUUCUUAUUCCUAGUUGUAGGGGCCCCUUUUUUUACCUUCUCUUACAGUGUUGAUUCUUAAGAAAUGUUACAUUUACGAUAACUUCAUCUGUACGGGGUAUUUAUUUGCAAUGAUGUCUGAGUACUGUAUUUUUUUCUGUGCAUUACUUAGUGUCAGAAUGUUGUCUUUAUUUUAAGAGCAUAUGCAUGUUCUCCUGCCAAGGAACCUUUACACAGACCCAAACAAAAAUGCUUUCAAGUUGUGAAAAACUGAGGCAGAACAUGGGAAAGAAAUAAGAAGGAGAAAUCAGUCGCAAUUUGAAACACAGGCAGAUGGCAGAAAUGUCUGCAAAGCCAGCCCACAUAGGAACAGAGGGCCUGGGUAAAGGGUCGCGUUGGUAGGACCAAUAAAUAAAGAAUAAUAAAAAGACAAAGCAUGUGGUUUAUGUUCUGUAACUGCCUAGGUGAUUAAAGAUUCAACAACACACCUCAGUUCCAGGAUCUCCAACAACAAGCAUUUAUUGGUACUGAUGGUGUUGAGAGCAGGAAUCCACUCUGGGGCCCAUCAUGGGAUGUGUGAGGAGGGCACUGCUGCAUCAGAUAUCGUGAGCACCCAGCAGCAUGGUGGCGA